CGUUUCCACUCGAUCAUUGUUAUUGUUUCGCAAGUCGGUUGUGGUUGUAAAUUUCCAUUGAACGAGAAGAAGAUACGAACUUAAUUUUUAUCAAAAUAUCGUAACGUUAAAUUCAAUUACAAUGAUAAAGUUUGAAAUAGUGUCUUCCAGAAUAGCUACAGGCAAUGGGUCAGAUAAGAAGUUUGUGGUUUACAUGUUACAAGUCAGACAGGAUAUCAGCAGACUUGAUCCAGACCCCGUGAAUGUAGAAAGGAGAUACACCCACUUUUUGGAUCUUUACAAUGGACUCAAAAAGGAUUUCCCAACGAUUUUAAGCACCAUAUCAUUUCCCAGAAAGAUGGUAGUUGGUAAUUUUGACCCCAACUUGAUAACAGCCAGAGCUACUGCAUUUGAAGCAUUAUUAAAGUUAUUAUCAGAGGAAUCCCGCCUCAGGGAGUCCCCGGCAGCUAUAGCCUUCUUCCAGGAUGUAGAAUUAGGCGAGGCCAGGCAACUGAUGCUCGAAGGAUCUCACGACAUGGCCCUUUCUGUGCUGGAAACUAACUUCAGGUUAUUAAAUAAGGUAUACACAGACCGGUCUCGCGUGGUGCUGAGCGCUCUGUGUCGCGUGGUGGCGUGUGCGGCGACCAGCGGCGGCGCACUGGCCGGCCCGGUGGAGCGCUGGGCACAGCUCGCUCUCCGUCGCUACGAGGCCGUCAGCGACGAUGACCUGCUGCUCAUCUAUAUACCGCUGCUCCACACCUGUAUAUCCAUAUGGGAAACGCUUGGAAAAGACAAAUCGCAGCUGGUACAAGAACUGAAUGAUCUCCGUAAGAAAGGUAUGAAAGUAGACUCAGUUCCAAGUCUUAUGGAGGCGGUGGACAGCUUACCCACAGUUAUUUAAUAGAUCUCCUAGAUGUAAGCAAUGUAUUCUGACUUAGUCAUGACGCGAUUUAUGACAUUGUAAAGAGUUAAAGAAGAGUGUGUGGUCAUCAUGCAAGUUUAUAAUUUUACUUGUAAAAUUAUAACGCCUUCUUAAAAUGUUGCAUUUUACACCAUUCAUAUUAGACCGUAGACCUAAAGGUAUAUGUGUUAAGGUAUAUUUAACAUACCCAAUUUGUUAUAGAAAACUACGCAAAUAUCAAAUUUUUCUAAGUUUUUAAAUUAGUAAUCUUUUCUACCGACAAAGCGGUUAUGGCAAAGUAUUUAGUUAUCUAUUUUUAUUUUAAAUACCACUUGAUUGCGGAAGCAGCUGAGAUAAGCGGGUGUGCCCCUUUAUAUGUGUGGUGAUCACACCUUUUCUAUCAUAUGACCAUUGGUAUUAUUGGUAACCAACUGUAGUGAGUUAUAAUAUAAAAUCUCUAUUCAAAAUAAUUAAAUUAUACACAACAGACCAUGAAGAUACAGAUGUAGUUCGAAAUGUUUUUCUUUGUAUUUUCACGAAAACUCGCGAACGUCUCAUGUUAUUUCAGCCAGUGUAAGUAAGUACAAGAACUACUAAAUGUUGACCGAACUAGCAUGACACGUGCGUGAGCUUCUAGAAAACACGAAGGAAAAACAUUUCGCACUACAUACUUGUAUGUACCACAUACCUAUGUGUGUUUACGAAAUGCAUCAUGAUAUUGACCUAUUAGCAUUUGCAGCUUUUUUGUAGUGUUCUGUAGUGUGGCCUUGUUACCUAGUAAAAUCCAUUGAUAAGAAAGUACCUUAUAUUAAAGAUCGAGAUAGAAAUGAUAUAAUGUAGUAUGAGUAUUGUAAAAUUAGGAACUUUUAUGACAGCUGUUGUAUUUUUUUAAAAGAGUUGUGUAGAUUUUUUUGCUAUGUCUUGAAAAUAUAAAAUAUAUUAGCGGAUAUAAUUAUAUUUAACGUUUGCUAUAAAUAUAUAGGCACUAUUUUAAUCUCAUUAGUUAAGUUUAAAUCGAUUACUUUAGGUAUGUAUGUAUAUGAGGAAAUGAGUAGUUAUUAGAGAAAAUGUAUUUUAAUUUAUUAUCUUUUAAUGCCAUGUUAUAAAAUAAGUAAUUGUAAGCUAGCUACAUUUUGAGAUUAUUAAGCCAACUUUGAAUCACCAUCACAUUUUAAUAUUUUUGAAAAUAACUUAUAUGUAUAUGCCAGUUUUCUAUACAUAGGUAUAUUAGUGUAUUCUUUUCAAGUACCUGCAUAACAGUGAUGAACGAUUUAAAG